AUGUCCGAACCAUCUGCAGUCCCUGUCACAGCCAGCGAGGCUACCACUCAAUGGGCCUACCGAGCUCAAAAAUCCAUCGGUCUCAACACCGGCUCCCCCUCCUACACUUCCGUCAACGGCUUCGACCAGGUCCAAGGCAGCACUCGUGUCUUUCAAUACAGUCCCGAUGGAUCCACUUUCGCCGCUGCCAUGGACGAUUUCACUCGUCUCGUCGACACUCGUUCCGCCUCCACUUCUUCCGUCAAACGUGAUCUCCCCUGUCCCAGAGUCGUCGAUCUGCAGUUCUCUCCCAAAGGUGGUUUCCUCUCCACAUGGCAACGUCCUUCCAAGCUCGAAGAUGGUUCCGCAGCACGCAACCUCAAGAUCUGGGACACUGAAACUGGCGAGACUGUCGCUUCCUUCGAGCGCAAGUCGCAAGAAGGUUGCUUUUUCCAGUUCACUGCUAACGAGCAGUACUGCGUACGACAAGUAUCGACCGAGUUACAGAUCUAUGAAUCUCGUCAUAUCGCCGACAAGGGUGUUAUUGGCAGAUUGCGUCUCGAGGGAAUCACCAGCUUCGAAGUCGGACCUGGCGAUAAGCCCAGCAUUGCAGUGUUCUGUGGUGAGAAAAAGGGCGCACCUGCUUCAGUCCGCGCGUACUCGCUCGCCUCACUUGUUCCAUCCCCCGAAACUCCACCUGCGCCUUUCUCGCAAAAGACCUUCUUCAAAGCAGACAAGAUUCAAAUCAAAUGGAACAAAGCAGGCUCUGCACUCCUCUUCAUGACUUCCACCGAUCACGACAAGACUGGCAAAUCCUACUACGGCGAAACCAACCUCUACCUCAUGUCCGUCCGCGGCGACUUCGACUGUCGUGUAGCCCUGGACAAAGAAGGUCCCAUUCACGAUUUCGAAUGGAACCCCAACUCGAAAGAAUUCAUCGUGCUGUACGGAUACAUGCCUGCCAAAGCCACUCUUUUCAGUCACCGAGUCAACGUGAUUGCUGAAUUGGGAACACAGCCGAGGAACUUUGUCGCAUUCAACCCGCAAGGUAGACUGUUCUGCAUUGCUGGAUUUGGUAAUCUUUCCGGUACAGUGGAUGUUUGGGAUCGGGAGAAUAUUGCAAAAGGCAAAGUGUAUUCGAUGGAUGCCAGUAACAGUAGUGUCUGUCAGUGGUCGCCGGAUGGUCACUUUCUGUUGACGGCUACGCUUAGCCCGAGGUUGAGGGUGGAGAAUGGAGUCAAGAUUUGGCAUUGUACGGGAGAGUUGGUGCAUGUGGAUAUGAUCGAUGAGCUGUAUCAGGCUGGUUGGAGACCUGGGUCGAAUGCUGGGGUGACUGCUUUCCCUGAUCAGAUUCCGGCUGCGCCAAAGCCGUCGGAUGCUGCUGCUUCUUACCUUGCGACGAAGGCGGCGACCAAGCGCCCCACUGGAACUUACCGUCCACCUGGAGCAAGGGGACAGAAUACGCCUGAUAUGUACAAACGUAUUGAUGAAGGUGGUUCGGGUGUUACUACUCCUACUGGUGGUGCUUCGGCGAAUGGGACUUAUCAAGCUCCAGGUUCGGGUAACAGGAAGAGGACUGUACCCGGUGCUCCGGGUGCUGCUCCCAAAAACAACGGCGCCAAUAACACUAAUGCGAAGGAGGGCAAGAAGAAAGGUGGAAAGCAACAACAGAACGGUAAACCGACAGCUGCUGCUCCUGCUGCCGUCGCAGAAGCUGCUGCGGCUCUAUCUGUAUCUUCAGGCGCUGCUGAGGUAGGAGGUGACUCAGGCGCAGCCAACCUGGAGAAGAAGGUCAGGAACUUGAACAAAAAGCUGAAAGCGAUCGAAGAGCUCAAGAUGCGUCAGGCGGGAGGUGAAAAGUUGGAAGCGAUGCAACUGGCAAAGAUCGCUGCUGAGGAUGAGGUCAGGAAGGAACUUGCUACCCUUGAGUAG